GACACGCAAGAGAGUGUGAAGACAGAUCAGGAGAUGGAAAGAAGGUGCAAAGAGAUACACGAUAAGAAGGAGGGAAGGGAUGAGGAGAUAGAGGAUGAGAAGGAAGGAAGGGGUGAGACCGUGAAGAAACAUACAGGAGAGGAGUUGCUGAAGCUGAGUUCUCGGCAGAAAUCCUCAUUAAUGAACGGUGCUCUUGCCAACAUCGCUUUAUCCGCUUGCUACUCUGUAAUGCAACCAUUUCUCCGAGAUGAGGCAAUAAAAAAGGACGUGUCUCUGACAGGUGCAGGGGCAAUAUUUGGAUGUUAUGAGGUCGUCAUGUUCUCCUGUUCCCUUAUUAUUGGUUCACAGUUAUCUCGCAUUGGCUCUAGGCGUUGUUUUUACACAGGGACAUUUGUUAUUGGCGUGAGUUCGUUGUCCUUUGGUCUUUUAGGUGCCUGUCCUCCCGGUGACACUUUUCUUGGGCUUGCUGUAUCAAUACGUAUGAUAGAAUCAUUGGGUGCGGCAAUGAUGUUAACGGCCAACUAUGCCCUAGCAACAAAGGAGUUUAGAGAUAACGUAGCAACAGCGUAUGGGUUCUUAGAAAUGUGUGCAGGAUUUGGUCACGUCUUCGGCCCCUUGGUCGGUGGCGGCCUCUAUCAGCUGGGAGGGUUUGGCUUGCCGUUCUUCGUGACGGGACCAAUGACCAUUGUCAUAGCAUCUGUGGCCAUUUUUACUUUACCAAACGAAAACAAAGAUGAAGAAAGGCCGUCAGACUAUGGGCAGCUCAUUAAAUUAGCAAAGAUACCCGCCAUACCUCUGGAACAACUGGCCGUUUGGGUAGAAUUUUUUGGACUUUGUGCUUUAAGUCCCACACUAGGAGGUCAUUUACAGAAUGUGGAUGCAUCUAUCCAAGGUAACCAUAUAAUGAUCGGCCUGGCGUUUGCUCUUUGUGGGAUCUUUUACAUGUGCUCAGUACCCUUGGUAGGCUUUAUAACAGACAAAUAUAAUCACAGGAAGGUGAUUAUAGUCUCGGGACUCAUCGUGACAGCUUUAUCCUUUACUCUCAUUGGACCCUGGGUGCCCCUGACUGAACUAUUUCCAAACGACAAGGGGGCAGCGUGGGCUGUUUUCUUGGGGAAUUGUCUAUGUGGGAUUGGAACCGCCAGUAUCACUGUAGCUGUCAUGGCAGAUUGUGUAAACGAAGCCGUGUCCCAUGGUUUACCAGAUAGUAUAAUCACAUAUGGUAAUUUGUCCUCAAUAUUCAAUACAUCUAUGGGUCUAGGGAACUUCAUAGGGCCGAUUUUGGGAACAGCCAUCGUGGAACAUAAUCCAUUCAGCACUUUAUCGGCAGUCCUUACGGGGCUCUGUCUGGGAGAAGCUGGUCUCCUCGUUCUGUACUGUGGGAUAAUCUAUGCGGUACUUAGAAGGAGACGUAAAUGGUCCAGGUACAGCAGCACUGACAGUCCCAUUGACAGUGCCACUUACAAUCACAUUCAUAACGAUAGUAGUUUACUGUUAUUGCCACCAACUCCUUAUCCAGUAUUACAAGAACAUUACUUGCAGUCGGAGUAUGAAUGA